UGCCACGCUACCAUGUCCUGCCAUCGGAUCCAUCCCGCUUUUGCCACCAGCGCCGAAGAAGAGGGGUUUUCGCCGGGAAAGGAGGGCGCCGUCGGCGCCGUUCAGGGUAGAAGGAAGAGUCGUGCGAGGGGCAGAGGAGGAGGGAGCCUCUGUCGCGCCGCCACCGCGCCGUGCCGUCGCUGGAGAAGCUUCGUGCAUCGCCGUCGCUCCCUAGCGCCACCGAAGAAGCCGCCGAGGUUCGUGCCUCCCACCACCCUCAGCUGCGUCAUCACCGCACCUGGCCUCGCCGCCGUUGACCUCCUCGUAGUCCACCGCCGCCGAUUGAGCACCACGAAAAACCGAGAGCGCGCUCGAUGAGUGAGAAGGGAUGGAGGCUGGGUUUUUUUGUCACUGUACUACUCCAUUUCUACCUCUACCGUGCCCUGUUGAAGCUGUCGGAGCCUCUGCCAUCAUCAGGGUUGCUGUUUAGU